AUGACUUGCAAUCCAGAGUGGAAAGAAAUACAAGAAGCAUUAUAUGAUGGUCAAACAGCUCAAGAUCGUCCAGACUUAACUACACGAGUAUUUCGAGCAAAACUGCAAGACUUGAAAGAUCAAUUAUUCAAGAGGAAAUUUUUUGGACAUGUAGCUGCACAUGUUGAUGUAGUUGAAUUUCAAAAGAGAGGGUUACCACAUGUCCACAUGCUGAUAAUUUUCAAGUCCGAGCAUAAGUUGAAUACGACAAGUGAAAUAGAUAAGUUUGAAAAUGCAAAUGCCAUUAUCCACGAUCAUAUUGUGAAAGCACACAACAAGGUAAAGAUGGAUAUCCAAUUUACAAAAGAAGAAAAAAUGGAUCAACUGUACAUGCAUGUUCAGAAUGCUGACUUAGACAACCAAUGGGUUGUACCAUAUAAUGCACAUCUAUUGUCCAGAUACAACUGCCAUAUUAAUGUCGAGGUUUUGGAGAAAAUGGUUGAUUUUGAGAAAAGUUUUGAAGUGGUGAAGCUGUGUGAAGAGGAAGCUGUCAAUGGGCACGCCGAAUUCUGCCUGGACGAAGUCUGA